AUGGCGCUACCUGGACUGUGUCUCCUUUUGCUCACCUUGCUUGCAUGCGUCCUUCAAGUGUUUGGCAAAACAGACGUGUUUAUAAAUGCACCAAGAGCGCAAAGCAUUUUCUUGCGUUCCAAACGAGCCAACCACUUCCUAAUAGAAGAGAUCCUACAGGGAAACCUAGAGCGGGAAUGUUACGAAGAACGCUGCACAUUCGAGGAAGCCAGGGAGUUCUUUGAAGACGAUGACAAGACGAUCAAGUUCUGGAAAACAUACGAUGAUAGGAGCCAUUGCCAGCCCAACCCAUGUCUUAAUGGUGGGAAUUGCUCUAACAUGGUGAACGGAUUCCACUGCUCCUGUUCUUCCCCCUACUAUGGAAUUACAUGUCAAAUGGGCGAACUAGACUUGAACAGCCAGGAAGAUGAAGGGUCCUGCUUCAACAUGGAUUGUGUUUCAGGAAGGGUUUCCUGUCCCACGGAAGGCCCAAAUGUGUGCCACCAGCUCUGUGUGGCGAGCUCCUACAAAUUUCUGUGCUCCUGCGUGCCGGGAUUCAAACUGCACAGCGAUGGACGAAGCUGCCUGCCUGAAGUGGAAUUUCCUUGCGGACGACUUCCAGACUCCCAUCAAACAGAAACAAUGUGUCACAAUGGAAAUUGUCCCUGGCAGGCGUUGUUGCUGGGAGGCGGGGGCACUGAGAUUUGCGCCGGUGUUCUGUUGGGUCGGCGUUCUGUCCUGACUGCUGCCAGCUGUCUUUUACGGGAAUCUGACCCACAACCCUCCAGUUUUUUGGUCGUCGCCGGUACAAGCGAUACGACAAUGUCCAUUAAAGCUUUCCAUAUCCACAACCGUUAUCGUCCUAAUCACCACGACAAUGACUUGGCCUUCCUGGAGUUGACUAGCCCAAUGCCCUUUGGACCUAAUCUCCACCACCUAUGUCUGCCCAACAAAGACUUCUGUGAAAACAUCCUAAUGUAUUCAAGCAAGGUCGGGGUUGCGGCGACCAUGAACCAAUCCUUAGACCCAAACCUCCUUUACAUGAGUUUGGAGGAGUGUCGCAGCCAGCUCAACAUCUCGGUCCCACUGACUAAUAAAAUGUUCUGUGUGACGGGAAAGACUGGAAAAAUAGUGAUGCACGGUCAAAAGGUUGCCUCCAACAGUACAGAAAGUUCACCUGUGUGGCAAUGUGGCGGUCUGUUGCCCGCUAUGCCCCUUGCCACAAUGGAGAGAGGGACGGCGUUUCUCACAGGGACGCUCAUCGUGCCUUCUACAGGCUGUGAUGGGAACGGGCUGGCCUUUACCAAAGUGUCCCGACACCUGGUCUGGAUCAGACAGCAUCUCGCGGCCAUUGAGUCACAGGAACACCCAGUCAAAAAAAAAACUGAAGUCAGAAAACUUGUGAGUCACUGA